GCCGCGCUGCCGCCUCGCUGCCCGCGCACGGCUGUGGGGCCACCAUGGACCGCAACCCGUCGCCGUCGUGCAGCGAUGCAGAGGAGGAGGAGGGGGACGCGGUGGGGAAUACAGUGUACAGCAAGCACUGGCUCUUCAGCGUCCUCACCCGCCUCAUCGAGGUCAUCGCCCCUGCAGAGCCGGAUCCCGCCUCCAGCCCCGAGGAAACCCGGACGGAGCUGGACGAGGAGAUGGAGAAUGACAUUUGCAAGGUGUGGGACAUGUCGAUGGACGAGGAUGUUGCUUUAUUUCUUCAGGAGUUCAGUGCUCCCAAUAUAUUCAUGGGAGUUUUUGCCAAGUCCAAAUGCCCUCGCCUAAUUGAAAUCUGUGUGGGAAUAUUAGGGAAUAUGGCCUGUUUCCAGGAUAUCUGCAUGUCCAUUAGCAAAGAUGAGAAUCUUAGCCAAGUGUUGCUGCAACGUUUGUGUGAUUCAGACUCCCCAACUCUUCUGGAAACAAGCAGGUUGUUGUUAACUUGCCUCUCCCAGCCUGAGGUGGCCAAUGUCUGGGUGGAGAGGAUCCGAGAAAAUCCUUCUGUGUACGACUGUGUUUGCUUUAUCAUGUCCAGCUCUACAAAUGUUGAACUGCUGGUGAAGGUGGGUGAAGUGGUGGACAAGCUCUUCGAUCUGGAUGAAGAGCUGAUGUUAAACUGGAUUAAAAACGGCACUUGUCGCUCUGUGGGACCAUCUGUAGAUGAUUCCCCUGAAGAACUUCCAGACUUUAAGAUUGUGCCUUGUAUACUUGAAGCAGCCAAGCAAGUCCGAUCAGAUAACCCAGAAGGACUGGAUGUUUAUAUGCAUAUCCUGCAGCUCCUGACCACGGUGGAUGAGGGUAUCCAGGCUAUUGUGCAGGCUCCUGAUGGAGGAAAAGAUACUUGGAGUUUGCUUUAUAACCUCGUUUGCCAGGAGCUUUGCCAGCCAGAUGAUCCACCGAUCAUUGUGCAGGAGCAGAAGACUGUCCUGGCCUCUAUUUUGUCCGUGCUGUCUGCUAUGUUUGCUUCACAGACAGAACAGGAAUACACCAGAAUGAGGAAAAAUAUGCCACUGAUUGGAAGCUUGAUUCGUAUUUUACAAUACAUGGAGGGCUGUGGGAAGAGAGCUGUUGAUAACUCCAAGGAGUCUGAGCAAGAGGAGGCUGGAAGGACUGAUGUAAAUGAGGAAGAUUUCCAUUUAAAAAUUUUGAAGGAUAUUUGCUGUGAAUUACUUUCCAAUAUGCUUCAAGAACUAACCAAGGAGAAUACCUUAGAAGGACUGCACCAGGGACACCUGAAUGAGCAGACAUGUUCCUGUGCUUUUCAGAACCUCUUACCUCUGUAUUUUGCUUCAGUGGAGAAUUUCCUUGAAGUCCUGCGUGAAGCUGAUCAGGCACUUGCUGACAAUCUAGAAAAACGUUUCCCAAGCCUGAAGGUUCACACCUAAGAAUGUACAUGAACUAUUUUCCUUCUUUGGAAUGAAGAUUUGCGACUGUUUCAUUACAGUAUUUUAGAAAUCAAGUUUUCAGUAAGGGCAAGAGAAUGUUCUGGGUAGCCCAGAUUAACCUAGUCUGCAAGGGGAAGGAAAUGGCUGUAAAUCACUUCUGCAUCUUUCAUCCUGUCUGCUCUGGUAAUGACAGACUGUGGAUUUCUAAUUGCUCUCCUGCAGAGAAGUUUUCUUUGAAUAAUUCUGAGUCCUGUGCUUUUCCACUGAAGUUGAAACAGCAAAAUGAAUGAAAUGCACUGAGUAGUUCUUUAACAUGGUGCUGGUUUCGUUCAAGUUGCUGUUGGCAAAAGGAGGAUUGCUCAAUAGAAAAUCCCCUUCAAACACCUGAUAAAAACAGUUAAAUUAUAGAGUUGUUUGGGGAGUUUUUUAGAUCAUAUCAGUACCUUAGUACCUUGAGCAGGUACUGUAACAGAAAUGUUUCAUCCUGCUGCUUUCAAAUCUGCACACUUCUCGUACUGAAGCCUCAUCUCUGCUGCAGCUCUGAGCUGUGGUGUCUCAGUCCUGUGCAGUUCAAAGGAUUUGAGAAUAUCAAUGGUCUGUGCUGCAGCUUCCAGCCAUUGCAGGUAACUACCCACAGUUAAGAGUUUGCAGGGCUGCUUUGGAUUCAAUCCCUGGUACACUUGCAGACCUUUUGGUUUUUUUGCAGCAGUCAGUGCUUUAGUUUAGAAGUGUAACAUGUAUCAGUUCUUUCCUUCUUCCAUUUGUAUGAAUUAUCUCAGAAUGAUAUCAGAAACACCAUGUUUUCCAUGGGAGAGCUUAGGGUGUUGGGUUACUUCCAGGAAAUUUAGUGUACAAUCUCCCAAAACUCCCACUUCAAUUAUGUGAUAUUUUAACUGUUGUAUUUUUAGAUCCUGUGUAUUCAUGCAGUGCAUCUGAUACAUUGUGAGUCAGGAGACAGCACAGCAGCACAUCAGCUUC